AUGCAGGUAGAGGAAAGGAAGGAGCGCAGAAAGGUCUUGGCCCAGCUCUUGAAGGCACUUACUGGAAUUCAGGAGCCACCAGAGCGCCAGAAGCCGAGACGGGUUAUCUCUAGAGGUGCUCAACAUUCGGAGCUACUGCGGUGGAUCAUCGUCUACUCAGAACGCAUACGGGAACUAAUCCAUGAUGAGCCAACCCGCGAAGUCGCCGUGCGCGAUGGAGACGCGCCACUUAAGGUGUAUAAUGUCACUUUUGGAGAAGAACGGCGGCUUACUGGAGCUAACUGGCGCUUUUACUUCGUUGCAGCCAUGAUGAUUACCUUGGAGGCGGCGAACUACCAAAGGGCUUUGGGUCAAUCUCAGUACAUUAGAUUGGACCCUCGUUCGCUUAAAAGUGACAUGGAACUCUAUGGUGUUGACGCAACCCUGAUCCAAAGCGACAAAGCUUGGCUGCUGAAGGUGAGCAGACACGACCGCAAGCUAGAGGCAGGUUUUCUAGAAGAUCGCCUGAGGGAAAUGGACUACCAACAGGCCCAGCUUACCUACAGGAACCGCCUCUGUGUUACAGUACACAAAGGAAACCUCUACAGAAUCGUAGACAUCACGGACACAACGGCUGACAGAGUCACGUUUGAAAAGGGCGGCUCCACCAUUACUGUAGCGCAGUAUUUCAAAGAUGCUUACGACGAAAAUGUGGAGGGUAAGCAGUUGGUCACGGCAAAAGAGGCCCGCGGAGGCUCCAGGCUGUGCUACCUGCCUGCCAAUCUUCUCAGAGUUAUCGCACAGACCCCCCAGCUGAUGGAAGGCUCGCGGGCAAUGAUGAGGCCUAAAAGCGCUCAAGAAACCCUAGUGGAGUGCACGGAGCUGGUAAAAGAUAUACUCCGCACGCCAGCAGUGAAAGAACAGAUGGCAGAGCUCAAGGUGCACAUCGGGGACAACGGUGGACUCCCCAUUGACGUCCACAAGGACAUCACGAGCCUGCGUAAGGUUAUGGGCGACGAGCCCCGCUACGGCGAACCGCGGAUUUCGUGGGGUUCUGAAAGAAGAGAAGAGCAGCAAGACACUUCCGUCGAACUCUGUCCUGAUUUUCGCGCUAGGCUUUGCCAACAUCUUGUUCUGCGACACAAGGUGCCACUCAACAGUCACUGGAUGCUUGUUGUCUGCACUGGGCGCAGAGAACACGGGAGCUCCAGGGCUGUGGAGUCCAUCAAAAAUACUAUUGAGCUGACGCGACAGAGAAUUCGCCACAGGGGCCAACUAACUGUCGACAUGGAUGCUCCGGCUUGUUGUGAGCAUUUCAUCCGAAGCGAAGCGGACUGGAAGAAGGGGAGGGUUGAAAGGACAAAGAGAAGUUUGCUAGAUCUGUUCAUACGACAGAGACAUGGUCUUCGAGGAGCUAUUGUCCUGCUCGCUUACGAUUCGGACGACACGAACAACAGAGUACGGGUGGCUGCAAAACAGACGAAGAUAACUGACGAUUCUCUUCGUUCAGGAAUUCCUUGGGCAACGGACCAGCUCCUGGCACCUAUUAGGGAAGGCGUGAGACCGCCGCAAAUUUCUGAGGUCGUGAGGGUCAUUGGUAUAGCGGUUAAUUCAUUCGGGCACGUAUUUCAUCACGCCUUGCCACCGCUUGCAGAAAUUGUCGACAAACAAAGGGCACCUCUAAGUCUUAAUUUGGUAGCGUUAUCCCAGCCACCUAACGCGCGCUGCGGAGUUGUAGGGAUUGUUGGGGGAAGAAAUGUUGCCCAUACUCAGUUCGUGAGCCACAUCGGCGCUUCUGCACCGGCCAACUACCGCGCCGGGGUCAUUAAGGACAUGGCAAAACACUUCAAGCUAUUCUGGGAGAAAUUAACAUUUGAAGAGAGCACAAAGCCGCACAAGCGCGCACCCUCUCACCUUCUCAUAUAUAGGUCUGCUCCAAGCGGGAGCUCGCAAAUAAAAGAGGUCCUGGCCCAAGAGGUAACAGCCAUCAAAGGCAUCCUCGGUACUGACCUUGGCAAUUUUGAAUUCGCUCCGGAAACCGGUGAACUGACAGUCGAACACCCUAUGGCUACUGCCUUCCCCGAUGCUGAAUUUGCACUUGUCCUGACAGUCUGUCCAGCUGCUGAGAUGCGGAGGUCUGCUGGCAAGGCGGAGGAAAUCACGCAUCACGCAAGACCGGCGCAUGAAACCCUUACUUGUCAAGGGGCUGCCAUUGGGUCAGAUGGCCGACGUACCUUACAGUUCAAGCUGCAAGAAGGGACUGUGCCUCUGCUUCAAGCGAUGGGCAUACUAGUCUCCGAGUUUGAUGUCCCUGGAGCAGAAGCGUUCGAGUUGCGUGGAGCCGUCUUGGCAGAUGGAUUCAAAGGGGUCAUUGUCCCAGUGAAUGGAGAAAUUUACGCGGACGUCAACAUCCAGGAAACUGAGUCAAGCGGACCUAUCAUUCCUGUGGCUACGAAUACGGAGACUCCUGAGGAAAAAUUUUUAAUAGGUACAGCAGACCCAACCCGAGGCUCUCCUUCGGCGUCGGAGUUUCAUAUUGCGCAAAAUGAAAGCGGUUGGUCUAAACAUUACCUCGCUGUGGUUUCUUACAAGCUGUGUCACAUGUACUACAAUUGGGCGGGAACUGUCAAGCACCCACACCUGUUGCAGAUGGCCCUGGCAAUUGUGCGACAACACUCUAUUUACAUCGCAUCGGAAAGCGGGUUUGGACUAGAGUCUGAAUUUGCACCAGAAGGAGAGCUCGAAGAAGAGCCCGCGCAAGAACGCCCUGCUUCCCCUGAAUUGGGCGAGGAGCCCGAAAUCCGCGAACGCAUUCAAAAGAGAAGGCAAGAGACGGGUCAGGAGGCCCUUCCAAGGACACGCGAACAACGAGAAACUGCAGAAGAUGUUGAGGAACGGACAGCAGGCCUGCAAAAUCUCAGAGAACUAAAAACCGCUCUCGAAAAUAGAGACAGUGUCCUCAUGACCACCGCCUUCAUGCUUUAG